CUUGCCCAGUGGAAAACUUGUCAGCUCAUAAACACCUUCAAGUUGUUUCCUUUCAGGCUUCAAUAGUUGGCACGACAUUGAAGAACCUGCAUCAUGAGAUCAAUGAUCUCAGACAGGCCUUAAACGAGUCUAGGUCAGAUUGCGAUCAUUUACAUCUCCAAGCUGCUGAACAGGCUCAGAAGAUAAUGAAACAGGAGUCACACAUACAGGAUCUGAGAGAACGAGAAAUUUUCCUACUUCACAGUGUGGAAGAGCUCACUGCAGGGCUAAAAGAAGUAGAACAGGAGGCUACAAGAUGGAGAGAGGCAUGUGCUUUGGAGGUAGAAGCUGGAAAAGUUGCCAUCAAAGCACUAAACCAGGAGGUGACCUUGCUCAGAGAAGAGCUGCGAAGGGUAAAAGCAGACUUACAUGCUGCAAAUAGCAAGAUACAGCUAAAGAGAAGUUAG